AUGACAAUAAGUGCAAACCAAUGCAAUGGACCUAUACAAAAACCAAAACUUGAACCUGUGGAUUCCAGGUCCGGUUGGAACUUGAACAAGAUAUUUUCGUUUGGCACCUCCGUUGCAAAGAAAACUUCUAGCUGUAAUGCACGCGAAUCGACUUGUAGUAAGAAUAACCAGGCUGAGAAUUCCUCAACGCAAGGAAUAGAAACGAGGGAGGAGCUGGUACAAAGCAAUGUACUGACUAGCAGUACACCCUCUACAAAAGAUAUUCACAAGUGUUUUUGUUGUGGGACAAUAUUAGCUGUUCCACCUAGAGCAGGUAAAUUUCGGUGCUCAAUCUGCCAGACAACAAAUAUACUAGUAGAGUUAAUUACAAAGCCAGAAUUAGAUGAACGAAUCGGAAUGGAAAAGGGUUCCGAGCCAAUCUCAGUGGCGCUGGUAAAAAGUUUGAUUGGUGAGUGUUAUGACAGAUUGCAAAAGAACAAAACCGAUUUGGGAAGCAGCAAGUCACUACACGAGAUAUUUGAUCCACUUGGCAAAUACUUGUAUGAUGUAUUUUCAUCGCAUGAUUUGUUGAAUAAAGCAUUUUUCAGCAAACCACAAUAUGAAAUGCUAAAUAGUUCAAACAAGACAAACUCAGUUCACGUGGAUAGAAAAGGGAUCAAAGAGGUGUUUUUUUUACUCACAACACUACCUACAAAACGGCCGUUAUAUUAUGCUCUUAAAGGCGCUAAUUGUCUGUUGCGUCGACUUGAACGAGUAUUCACACGAGGGCUUGAUGAAGACCGUUGGGUAUUUAUACUUUUUGAAAUACCCUUUUUCCAAAUAUCCUUAACCCCGCCAAGUGUGCAAAAGGUUCCAGAAAUGACCGAUGCUCCGGAGAUUAGGAUGCUUUGCUACGAGAUAUUGAAAAGAUGUUUAGGUGUGUUAUCAAACAUUCACGAUUCAAAAAAAACAAAACAGAUUGUUUUAAACUUUGCAAGAAUGGACGAAAGUGCUUUCUUUUCGAUAUUGGAGGUUUUCAAUCUAUAUCUUUCAUUUCAACUUAAAAAGUAUUAUUGUGUUGCAAACAAUCCUCAAAAUAGUCACGAUGGCUCCCACUCGCCAAAUUCAAUUCUUGUUCCAAGCUUGGAAGAAGACGAAGAGUAUUAUAGAGUUGUGGCCUUGAAGGCUGAGACAGAACUGGCUUCUCAAUCACUAGUGUCACUAUUAAUCCCUGGUAAUUCCAAACACCUUGAUGCUGGUCCUUCUCGUUCUUAUUCGAGCAAGAAAUCACGCAAGGAAAACAAGAUCAAGUUGCUCCAAUAUGGUAAUGACUGGAGAAUUCAUAGUGUACUUGUGGCAAUACUGUUUUUGUUUCGGGCAAAUAGAUUACGUUCCAAGCCAAUACCAACUUAUCAUUUUUACAAUUUUCUAGUUGACUACGUCCAUAUCAAAGUUGACUUUGACACGUGGCAGAGAGAUGAGCGUCGAGCACAACGCAAAGAUGCAAUAAUGAGAGAUGUGCUUAAUUCGAUCCAUGGAUCUGGCGCUCGCAACAGCAAAAGUGUAAAUUUUAAUUUCUACAUGUGCCAAUACCCAUUUACUAUUUCGUUGGGUAGUAAAAUAUCUAUUUUGGAACACGAGGCACGCCGGCAAAUGGAACGGAAAGCAGAAGAGGCAUUCAUCAACUCACUCGACAAGCGCGUAGUUUUUGACACCCACCUCAGGAUAAGCGUUAGAAGAGAUCAUGUAGUUCAAGAUUCAUUGCGAUGCUUGCAAAACAACUUGGGGAGUUUUAAGAAAAGCUUGAGAGUCCUGUUUUUGAACGAGCCAGGAAUAGAUGCGGGGGGUGUUCGUAAAGAAUGGUUUAUGUUGUUGACAAAGGAGAUCUUCAAUCCUUUAUCAGGGAUGUUUUCAAAUAUUGAGGAUUCAAACUUGUUGUGGUUUGCACUUGGUCCUACCGAGAGGGAAGAUAUGUAUCAACUUUUUGGUUCUAUUUUGGGGUUGGCGCUAUACAACUCAACUGUAUUGGAAUUGAAUUUUCCUCAAGCAUUGUACAAGGUCCUCGCUGGUAAAAGUUUAAAUCAACUGGACUACAAAACACUUCAUCCCACUAUAUAUAGAAGCUUAAGCUCACUUCGUAAAGUGGAUGCAAACGAAUUGAAUACGCUUGGUUUGACAUUCGAAGUAACAUACAAGGAUGUUUUGGGCACCACUCAGACGAAAGAGCUUAUUGAAGGAGGAGCCGAUGUAUUGGUCGAUGAAUCCAACUUGGAGCAAUAUAUUGACCUAUAUACUCUAUUUUUUUUGCGAGAUGGAGUCAGUCGUCAACUCGACGCCUUUAUUGACGGCUUCAAAAAUGUUAUCGGAGGCAAUGCGUUGUCGUUAUUUGACGAGGAAGAAAUUGAGCUUCUACUUUGUGGCCACACAGACCAUGGCAUUGACGUGGAGAUCUUGGAGUCUGUAACCAAGUAUACUGGCUGGCCUUCUGCUCAGGAGGCCAAAAACUCGACUGUGAUUAAAUGGUUUUGGGAGAUCAUGCAGAGUAUGGAUCAAAACCAUCGCAAAUUGCUCAUGUCAUUUGUCACGGGGUCAGACAGAGUACCAGCAACGGGAAUUCAAAAUUUGCCAUUUAGAAUACACUUGCUAAAUGAUAAUCAAGAUAGUUGUAGAUUACCAUUGGCACAUACUUGCUUUAAUGAGCUUGCUAUAUACAACUAUAGUAGUAAAGAGAAAUUAAGUCAAAAAUUGUAUAGAGCCAUGGAAGAAAGUUCAGGCUUUGGCAUUAAAUGA